AGUCAAUCCAGCAACACUGCCUUUACAUGUACAGCUCAAUGGAAAAUGUGGCUCACCCAGGUCUUCUGUGUGAUAUAUUUCACUGCUGUUUGUGCAGCUGAGGAUCCUCAAGAUGAGCCUCCCGUACCAUCUCUGCAGCUACUUUCCACCUGGUUGGAUGUGUUCCCUUCUGAGAAAGUGGAGUUCAGAUGUGGUAUUGCUGGAAGCUCCGACUGGAGCUUCACCUGGAAACGGAAUCAAGAGCAAGUGGAAGCUUCAGAUCCAAAUGUGUCACUGUUUACAGAUGGUUCAAAUCUUACAGUGACUGCAGCAGACCCAAACUAUUCUGGAAGUUAUUCCUGUAAAGGCCAACACAAAACAAACGGCAUUUAUACUGCAGAUAGUGCCCCACUCCAACUCAGAGUUCAGUCAAACAAACCCAGGCCCGCUAUGAGCCAAAAGCCAAACUUUAACAAGAUGUUUCCUGGAGAGUCUGUCACCUUCACUUGCACAGUCCGUGAGUCCUCUGGAUGGGAAUAUCUGUGGUUCCAUGAUGGAAAAGAAAUCCAUGCAUCUAGCUCCAUUUACACUAUAAAUCCUGUUGGUCAUCCAAACAAAGGACAGUAUCACUGUCAAGCCAAGAGAGGAAAAAUCCCAUUCUACUCAGAGGAGAGUACACCAACAGUUCUUCAAGUCUCUGAUCCACCUACACCCUCUCUGAAGUUGCAGACUUCUUGGCUGGAUGUGUUCGAGGAGGAGAACGUGGCAUUUAGCUGUGAAGUUGGCAUUUCUGACUGGACAUUCACCUGGUACAGGAAUAAAGAGGAGCUCCAGGCUGACUCUGAGCUGACAAUUGAUGAUGAGGGAACACUGCUCAACAUCACAUCCGUCAAUAAAGCCCACGGAGGAGUGUAUGCCUGCAAAGCUUACCUUGAAACCCGAAAUGUCACCUCCGGAUUCAGUAACACAGCUGCUGUCACAGUUUAUGACAACACGCCAAAACCAACUUUGCACAAAGUUCCUGUUUCCAACCCCAUGUAUGUUGGAGAAACAGUGAACUUCACGUGCAAUGUUGAUGUGUCUUCUGGCUGGGAGUAUCAGUGGUACAAAGAUGGAUAUGAUCUGCCUGCCACCAGCAAAAGCAAUGCCAUUCGUCUUGAUCUUUCCAAUGUGGGGAAAUACUCGUGCAAGGCCACCAGAGGCAAAAUCAUGUCAACCGAUAUCAGUGAGGAAAUGCAACUAGAUGUUCUUAAAAUUCCUGUUUCUUCCUUGAAACAAAUGACACCGUGGUUGGAUGUCUUUCCUGAAGAGAGUGUGCAGCUGAAGUGUGAGACGGAUCAAGGCACUGGAUGGACUUAUACUUGGUCCAGAGAUGAACGGGAGGUCAAGGCUGACAGUGUUGUGUCUUUUGACCUGAGUGGAUCGCUUCUUUCCAUCAAGUCUGCUUCGGCUGCACAUAAAGGACAGUAUAAGUGCAAAGGACACCUGAAAGAAAGGUCUGUCAGCAGCAACUCUAGCUCUGGACUAACUCUCACGGUGUAUGACAAGAAACCAAGUGUCAUUCUGACGCAGGAUCCAGACUACAAGGUGAUGUUCUCUGGGGAGUCAGUCUCCUUUAGCUGCCACAUUAAUGUUUCCUCUGGGUGGGAGCUCAUGUGGUACAAAGAUGAGAAGGAACUUUCCGGAUCCAAAACAAGAUAUCAUAACAUUUCUGUCAGCACAGCAACUGCAGGAUCAUAUAACUGCAGAGCAAAGAGAGGAACUGCAGAAGUCUUCCACUCCAACUACAGCCAAACUAUACACCUUCAAGUUAAAGAGAACAAGCCUAAACCCUUGAUGACACAACAGCCUAACGUAGACAAGGUGUACGUUGGAGAGUCAGUGUCCUUUGAAUGUAAAGUUGAAGCCUCAUCUGGUUGGGAGUACUUCUGGUACAAAAAUGAAACACAAUAUAUCAGGAGCAGCAGAUUUACCAUCAAUGCCACUCUAUCAGACAAUGGGGUUUAUAAGUGCCAGGCCGUAAGAGACAAAACAUUGUGCCACACAGAGUUCAGUGAUGAACGGACUUUACUCAUAUCUGAAAUUCCUGUCCCAUUAGGACAGUUAAAAACACCUUGGUUGGAUGUGUUCCCCACUGAAAGCGUGAAGUUGAGCUGUGGGAUGGAUGGCAGCUCUGACUGGAUGUAUACAUGGUACAAAGACAAACAGAAAGUCCAGCCUGCUGAUACCACACAUUUGGACUCAGAUGGAACUACUCUGUUCAUUGACUCUACUUCAGUCUCCCACCGUGGACGAUACAGCUGCUUAGCAAAACUCAAGAGCAGGUCUGUCGACAGCAGCCGCAGCUCUGAACUAACACUCAAUGUUUAUGAUACAAAACCAAGAGUCACACUGACACGGACGCCCACAUACAAUGUGACACACACUGGAGAUUUAGUCUCCUUCCACUGUCACAUUAAUGUGUCUUCUGAAUGGGAAUACAUGUGGUACAAAGAUAACAGAGCUAUUGUUGAAUCUGGAAACAAUCACACCAUCACAUCUGUUGCCAUCAAGAACACUGGCUCAUAUCAAUGCCAGGUUAAAAGAGGAAGGGAAGCGGUUUUUCUCUCAGACCCGAGUGAGGCUGUAAAUAUCAACGUCCUAGAGCGCCCACAGGCGAAUAUAAUCCUCUUAACUGGCUGGUCAGAGGUCUUCUCUACUGACAGCUUGGUACUCAAAUGUGGGGUCCAGGACAGCCAGGACACGUGGAACUACACAUGGUUUAAAGAAGACAAACAAAUCAACCAUCCACCCUCUGAGAAACACACAGUCACACCUCAGGACAACCCUGAGCAGAGUCAGUACACUUGCCGGGGCAAUCGCGACGGUAGACCAUCUUAUUCCAAAACCAGUCAACACUUCAUGACCAAGAACCUUCUUUUGAAGAGGAGGGUCCUUCUUUCCAUCUCUGGCUGUAUCUUCUUUGGGAUCAUCGCGGUUUUCCUCGGAUGCAUUAUCCUCAGAGUCUUCCACAAGCCAGCUGAUGAUGACGAUAGGCCAGAAGAGGCAGACCUCUUCCUCACCAUGGCUCAGCAAAAGGGAGCUGAUGUGCCCUGUCCACUGGUUGAGUACAUCACAGAUGCAACCCUGAAUGCUUCAUCUAAAGAAGUCGAAGAGAACGGCACAAUUUGCAGUGAAACAACACCAUUACCGAUAACUUCACAGGAAGACCAAGAUGUGAAGACAGAGAGCCAUGAUACAGCAAAAAACAACGGAGGGCUGGUUUCCUUUAUGCAAUGAGGCGCUGAAGCUCUGUUUGUGUCAGCAUAUAACAAGUCUGUCGACUGGUUAUAGGCGUUUCGCACUUCAAAACCUAAUUUUUGAAUGAAUGAUAACUUGAGAGACGAUUUUGCUAUUGUGUAAUGCUUACCACCGUGGAAGAGAAAGAAAUUUGGCCUAAGAGUGAAAUUCAGGGAAGCCUGAACUUUGCAUGUAAGACUCGUUCUCUCGGGCUCAUGGUCACAUGACAUGGUCAAGCUUUCAGCUUCAACUUUGCUUUGACCUGAAUGCUAAUAUUGUAAGUUUACUAUGUAAGAAUUAGCCUUAAUGUCUUAUAUUUAGUUUGAAAAAAUAGAUUUUCGUGAAUUUGGCUUCUGUACUCUGUAAAGAAUGAGCCAGCGAGACAUGAUGUCUGGAGGGAUUUAGUUUGAAUGUUGGAAAAGAAGGUGACACACUGACGCAGCAUACUGUUGCUACUAAAGAUCAACAUUGGUGGAUGAGUGGAUUCUGUAACUCUAUUGGUAGAUAUUUGUUGAUUUAGGCAUCAUCCAGCAUAGGUCGUUCUUAACAGGGAGAAAACAUGGCACAGUGUUUCCUACAAGAAUUCAAAGAAAUGUAUAUCUUCUUUUUUGGCAUAUGCUGUUUAAAUAGCAUGAUACAAACAGGAAUAUGAGCUUUCAGGGUUCAAAGGCAGGUCACAUUUCAUUCUCACCUUUAAGGUAAUUUAUUGUAGAGAUAUGUUUGACAGUCAUUGUCAUUCGAAUUCAUCUGAUAUUUUAUGAGAUAUUGACUAACAUAUGAGAUUAUGACAUAUUGCUGUGUUGAGAUGAAUUUUUCUGCACUCAAAAUAACUUUGUAUCACAAUACUGUUGAGAACUGUAGAUAAUUUAUUCACGUUUUAUCCAUGAUUUAAAUUGUUGAAGGUACUUAAAGGAAGACUUAACAAUCAACCUUUAGAACAUGUUUUUAAUUAUUGGAAGAAACAACAGAUGUUAGUAAAUAUUAGUCUUGUUCAAAGUUUAGUGACCAUUGUAUGAUAUUUAUCUGUAGUACAGAAAUGCCUUUCAAGCAUUUAGUGCCUCUUUAUGAAGUUAUCAAAAUAAAAAAAUACAAAA